ACCACUAUUUCCAUCCCACGGAUCCUCCAACUACUCCCCCGCCCCUCAGAGAAACACAACUCCGCCGCACCAGAUCAACCCGCCGCGAGCGAACGAGUCCGCCGCGCGCUCGGCCGUGGGGAACGCCGGCCGCCUCGACCGCGCUCAGAGCUCCGCAGGACCCUCUCCUUCUCUCCCGCUCACAGCUCGUUUUUUUUUCUUGUUGUUGUCGUUGUUAUCACUGAUUGCGAUCUCGAUUCUUGAUUCUCGUCCGCGUCCGCGCUGCUAAUCCCGACGUGUUCUUUCUUUUGGUAGAAAAUCGGACCCUCUCCGCGUUAGGGUUUUCCGUUACAUACUCGUCUGCCUGCGAAUCCAUUGCUCGAUCUAGGGUUAUUGCCUCCGCGCCGAUCCAUACCGCCGCCGUUUCUUGUUUGUUCUGAUCCAUCGACGCAGGUUCCUACUUGAUGUCGCCGGAGAAGAGCGGCAGGCGGGGCGCGCCGGUCGCGCGGCCGCCGCUCCGGGAGGCCGGCUCGACGCCCUCGAUGCCGCCGAUGCUCCAGGAGCCCGGGUCGAGGCCUAGGCCCUACAUGCCGUCCCUCUGCUCCACGCCCCGCAACCCUGCCGUCAAGUGCUAUGGCGACAGGUUCAUCCCGGACAGGUCGGCGAUGGACAUGGACAUGGCGCACUACCUCCUGACGGAGCCGAGGAAGGACAGCAAGAACGCGGUGACGCCGUCGCCGGCCAAGGAGGCGUACCGGAAGCUGCUGGCGGAGAAGCUGCUCAACAACCGCACCAGGAUUCUCGCUUUCAGGAACAAGCCGCCGGAGCCUGAGAACAGCAUGCUCAUGGAGCUCCAUGCUGAUGCGGCCUCCAUCCAGGCCAGACCGGUGAAGAAGCGUCGAUACAUCCCUCAGUCCGCAGAGAGGACUCUGGAUGCGCCAGACAUCGUUGACGAUUACUACCUCAACCUGCUGGACUGGGGAAGCGCCAAUGUGCUGUCCAUUGCACUGGGGAACACGGUAUACCUCUGGGACGCUGCAAGUGGGUCUACAUCCGAGCUUGUUACCAUUGGUGAGGACGAUGGCCCUGUCACUAGUGUUAGCUGGGCUCCUGAUGGCAACCACAUUGCUAUUGGCCUCAACUCCUCAGCCGUCCAGAUCUGGGAUUCUAGCUCUAGCCAACUGCUGAGGACACUGCAAGGUGUGCAUGAGUUGAGAGUCGGUUCACUGGCGUGGAACAAGAACAUCCUGACCGCUGGUGGUAUGGACGGCAAGAUUGUGAACAAUGAUUUGAGGAUUAGGAACCAUGCUGUGCAGACAUACCGCGGGCACGAGCAGGAGGUGUGUGGCCUCAAAUGGUCCGGAUCAGGGCAGCAGCUGGCCAGUGGUGGCAAUGACAACCUCCUCCACAUAUGGGAUGUGUCUAUGGCAUCCACUGCACAAUCUGCAGGCCGCACCCAAUGGUUACACAGGAUGGAAGACCACUCAGCUGCUGUGAAGGCGCUUGCAUGGUGCCCGUUCCAGAGCAACCUGCUGGCAUCAGGUGGUGGCGCAAAUGACCGUUGCAUCAAGUUCUGGAACACACACACGGGCGCAUGCCUCAACUCAGUCGACACCGGGUCACAAGUGUGCGCACUGCUCUGGAACAAGAACGACAGAGAGCUGUUGAGCUCGCAUGGAUUCACUCAGAACCAGCUCACGUUGUGGAAGUACCCGUCGAUGACUAAGAUGGCCGAGCUCAAUGGCCAUACUUCCCGUGUCCUCUUCAUGGCUCAGAGCCCUGAUGGUUGCACGGUGGCAUCUGCGGCCGCAGACGAGACCCUGCGCUUCUGGAAUGUGUUUGGGACUCCUGAUGCUCCCAAGUCUGCAGUGAAAGUGAAGACCCCCCAGAGCAGAAUGUUCAACAGUUACAAUCACCUACGCUAGGGAGGGAUCAGGUCCCGGCAAGUGCUGCAACGCUGACAAGAAUUAGCAGGCUGAUUUUACGUAGAAAUUCUUUGUGUGUACUGAAGUGUUUUGUGCGUGCUUCAGUAUGCUGGUAACUUUAGUUGGUAUAUUUUACAUUGAUCCGGAUGAACAUCAAGACCAGUUUGAUGUAUGUUAUACAUACAUAUGUCGAUUAUAUAUAAGUAUAAUGACAUUGGUGUUUUUUUA